AUGCCAGUUCAGUCACGACCGAACAAGGUUCGCGGAGAGACAGGAAGGAAAGUGGAGUGGGCAGCGCAAGUGGACCGCCAGGAUUCAGGUGAUGGCCGUGGUCAGGGUUUAUGUAAGGCACAAUCGGCGCACGGGCCAGGACAAGUAGGGAUGAUGGGUAAGUUGUGCAGGCGCUUAAUUAAUCUGAUAAGGGGCUAGCGUGGCCAAGAAAGGUGCCAGGCAGGUUCAUUCGAAAAAAACCUGCGUUUUGGGGCAGGUGGCGGGGUUACGGUAGGGAUACCGAGACAGAGAAUGGUUGCACUUAAGAAGAAGGGCAGAAUUGUGGCUGUGUUUUUGUAUUGUACUAUUAUCUAACUGAUUGAGGGGGGGGGGGAGGUCAAAAAGUCCAGAGAGUUACGCGGUCGCUUUUUUAGAUACAUUUCGUGUGCGAAAUUACCAUGAGUCAGGGAGAGCAGAAGGAGGUGGAGAAGUUGAACGAAUCGUCGGGGCCAGCUACGCGCUGGCUAGCAAGCGAGAAACUCCUGACGUAAAAACGUCAAUUACUGGCCGCAAGCCAAGGUAG